GCAGUGCCGCGGCGUGCCCGCUCUUGCCGCCGCCGCCGCGGGCGGGACUCGCCGGGCGGGGGCUCGGCGGGGAAGGGGCCGGGGCGCGGCGGGAGCCCCAUUGGCUCUUCCCGGCAGCCCCAUUGGCUCUUCCCGGCAGCACAUGUUGCCGGCCCGGCUAUAAAGGCGGCCGCGGCCGCGCUGCAGCCCGUCCUUCAGCCUCCACGUUUCUGCGGGGACGCCAUCAGCUCCAGUGCCGCCGCCAUGGCCAUCGACGCGUUUUUGGGUAAAUGGUGCCUCGUCUCCAGCGAGGGCUUCGAGGAGUACAUGAAGGAGCUGGGUGUGGGUAUGGCUAUGAGGAAAAUGGGAAGCAUGGCCAAACCAGACGUUUACAUUAUUCAGGAUGGGGACACAAUCACCAUGAAAACAGAAAGCACCUUCAAAACUUCACAGUUCAGCUUCAAGCUCGGUGAGAAAUUUGAGGAAAAUACAUUAGAUGGCAGGAAAACUCAGACUCUUGUCAGCUUAAAAGAUGACGGCUCACUGAUUCAAGAGCAGGAAUGGGAUGGCAAGAAGACCACAAUAACAAGGAAGCUCGUGGAUGGACAGUUGGUGGUGGAGUGUGACAUGAAUGGUGUCAAGUGUGUUAGAACCUACCAGAAGGCAUGAGGACAUCUUCAGGUUCAGUAGGAACUUGCUGCAGACAACUCAGUUCAGUGGACAGAGCUCCUUUUCACUCCGUAUUUUCCUUUUCCCUGUUUUCUAGUAUUUCAAUGGACUGAGUAGCUGAGUGCAAUUCUUUUUAAAAGCCGUGAUGUAACUAUUAUGUAACUAUUCUGAACUAAGGCUAUUAAAUAAAAUUGUUGAAUAUAUGAAGUGGAAA